CAGUGGAUAGUGGACAGCUUAAGAGGUAAGGCCCUUGAUUCGUUUCAUUUUCUCAACUAGCCAGUAAAACGCGGGCAAACCAAUAAACAAGAACUACGUGUAAUAAAAUCAUCGAAUCUAUACCAAAAAAGAAACAAAGCGAACGUUGAGAAAUGGUGUUCCUACGCCAACAGCAAGGUAAGCUGACAUCAAUUCUUUUUUUUAACAUUGACCAGACACACCCCUCUAUCCUAGGCUGUCGGUAUUGUGUGAGCGGCCACAUUACCGUGAUAUGGAAUCAAUGUGACCCGCGAAUCCAAGAUUUAAGGAAAAAAAAUGUGAAUGUAUAUUCUUCAGUAUAAUAUAAUUUAAUACAAUUUUACUUCAUAUAUUUAAUACAAUGCUAUAUAUUGAAUACAGUAUUACUUCAUAUAUCUAGUACAGUUUUACUUCUUAUAUGAUUCAGCUUAAAUUUCAAACAUUAUUUUUCGUUUGCUUAAUAAAUUCCCUUUCUUUUUUCAGUUUUUUUUUGUCCUCCCCUUUUUGUUUUGUUUUUGUUGCUUUUUUGUUCAAAAUUGAGAACUCCGAUUUAUAAUGAAUAUAUCAAAAAGUCUAUUAUCGUUUUAGCCAGUGAUCCCACAGAAAACUCUUAUUUAUCCCAUUUCGCUGUCGUUUCCCAUGGGGUUCGGAAUUCGAAACCCGUUUUCUGGCUCAUGUGUGUCUUUGCACCAUAGGGUAAUGCGCGGGAAAGAUAGAAACACUCACAUAAAGAGAAUUUAACGCGCUUUUUUAAAAUAAAAGUAAUUAAACUUUUUAAAUUAACACCGGAAGUGAUUUUAUUUGAAAGAAGGCGGACGAAAAUGGCGUCCAUGCUAUUGCAUCCAUCGUCGUGCCCAAUCCUUGUGAACACCGACCGCCCUUUUCAUGGGAUAUGUUGAAUAAAGUCACGCCUAAUGACGUCGGCAUCAGUUCGCCCAAGCUCUAUGAUGAAGAUGACAAAUCCAACGUGAUAUCGAGACUAAUGUGUUUUAGGAAAAAAACAGCCUUACGGGAGGAGGCGGAAAAUAAGGGUAAACACACAAGUGUCAACUUCGGGACACCCCCCCCUCCCUCUUAACUUCGUAGUAACUUGAACCCACCCUGUAACAUUAGUAGUGACCGGGACUCAAACUGUAACUUGUAACGUAAAUAGUGUGCUUGGAUGCACCCUUAAACUUAUUGUAGCUUGGACGCAACCUGUACCCUCAGUUGCAGUGGAGCAAGCUGAGUAAAGAAAAUGCAGAUGAAACAAAAGAUGAAAUUAUAGAGAAUGAAAGUCUAAGGUAGUGGGUUGUGGGGCUGCCGGGUCUUGUGGUAUGUGUGAAUGUGUGUUAGUGCGCACGUGUGUGUGUGCAAGUGUGUACACCAACCAAAUCAACUUACUUAUUUAAAGGAGAGAAUUCUACUCUAAAAGACGAGGGGGAAUGUGAAUCACUCACUGCAGCAUUGUUUUAGACCCCCCCCCCCCCCAACGUUGAUUGCUUCCCUCUUGUUUUCAAACUUUUACACGCUCUUUUCAUCCUAUUUAGUGAAGCUUCGACUAAAUCCUAACGUCCCUGCACUAUUCUUAUAAAGGACACACAUCAUAUGAAUUUUUGUAAUUUUAAACACUUUUUUUACCAUAAAAAAUGUUAACUCAGGCAAUAUCUUAGUUAAAGAAUAUCUAGUGACUACAUUCGAGGAUAUUUUGGUGUUCAAUAAUAAUUUUAAGUUAAAAUAAAAAUCAUACUCUGUAUGUUUUACUCAAAUGUUUCUCAAGGCUAUUGGUAAAUGUUAUGGCAAAACAAGUUAAUAUAAAUAUAUAUGGCAUCCCCCCACCCACCCCCCCCCCCGACUUCGCGCGAUGAUGGGGCACCACCAAAAGACUUGUGCGGCCGAUCCUGGAAUGGCAGUCUCGGCUGCACUUCUUGCAGGAGAACCUUGACUUCUGGUAAUAAAAAUCAUACUCUGUAUGUUUUACUCAAAUGUUUCUCAAGGCUAUUGGUAAAUGUUAUGGCAAAACAAGUUAAUAUAAAUAUAUAUGGCAUCCCCCCACCCCCCCCCCCCCCCGACUUCGCGCGAUGAUGGGGCACCACCAAAAGACUUGUGCGGCCGAUCCUGGAAUGGCAGUCUCGGCUGCACUUCUUGCAGGAGAACCUUGACUUCUGGUUAAAUUUGGUCUUCCGUGAUGCAUUUUUUUGUUGUUGUUGCAACAGCUUCGUUUCGCACCUCUUCUGCCCUUUUUUUUUACUCCUCCAUACAGUGCUUUUCGCCUGCUGGAACGGUGCUCAUGAAUAUUAGCACUCAGUUAAAGGGAGAUGAGUGGCCAUAUUUUCUUAGGCAUAACGUUUUUUUGGAGGUAGCUCUUUCGGUGCAAUUUAUUUCCCGCUUUAUAAGGCUUCAGUCGAAAUCAACCAUGAACACCUUUAUUAUCGUACAUGUACUAAUUCUGAACUAGGCUGUGGUGCAAUUAAUACACCAUAGAUCACUUACUUUCUUUAAAAAAAAAAAAAUUCGGGGUGAAUUUUGCGAGCCAGGGGCAGACAAUUCAAUGAAAUCUACGGGCGUUAACAAACCGUAGAUACAUCUCUGAAUCUUAAUAGUUUUCAAGCUUUUUUUUGUUGUUGUUGUUUUCAGAUGAGUGCGCAAAGAAUCCAGGUCAUCCAGAUUUCAUCCCAUUCCAAGCGUUCACGGUCAAACACCUCCCACAGCAGUUCCAAGACAAUGAUAUAUUUGAGCUGAUCAAAACCAUCGGAGACCUCACGGUCCGUCUGUCGGUCACGCACGUCAGUGUAAGCAGACCGGAAGUCUUCCCGGAAACGAUCACCCCGUUUCCUUACAACGACAAGAAAGGGAGCAACGAACUCAGGACCGCGACGGGCUGGGUGGACAAGGUGAGGAAGUACUCCGAGUACAGCGAGAAGUUCUGCCCGUGCGAGCAGUGCCUCGCGUCGGAGAACCCGAGCAAGGUCUGGGGGGAGUUACACGUCAUAACGGCGGCGCACGUCGUGUUCGACGACAACGAGGCAAAGCACACGUCCUUCCGGUGGGGCUUCAACGAGCACGAGAGCCCCGUCGUGACCUUCAAGGGCGGGCACGUGCGGGACAUCGACCCCCUGGCCGACCGCUGCACGGUCGUCUGCGUGACGUGCGACCUCGGGUUGAUCGACAAGGCGAUCUGCACCCUGGCGCAGCGGGACAGUCUCCACAAGAAGAUCCAGGAGAAGGAUAGAGGGCUGGACGAGAAUGACAAUCUGGUGGUGGUGGUCUCCCACCCGCACGGGUUCCCCAAACAGGUGACGGUUGGUUUCUGGACGGAGAGAAAUCUAGGGACCAACAACGAGACGAGGUACGUGUACACGGCCAGCACCUGCCCAGGGAGCGGAGGGGCGCCCGUGUACAUCCUGAGCAGAAACGGCCUGCCCUCGUACCACUGCCAUAGCGGCUAUAGUCCCCACAAGGGGAAUUUCAGUUGCGUGUGGCUAGGGUGAAAAAAAAAUAUUUGUGCGCAAUUUUUAAAAAAUACCUUUUUUUUGUGUUUCGUAGCUUGUCACAGCUGGUUAAUGAUUGGGACGCAGACAAAUCAAAUUACCGUUUGAUAAAUUCUAAAAUUUUCAAAUAGGAAACAGUUUUAUUUCUGUAUUUCAUUUUUUAAUUGAAACAUUGCACCAAGAAGAAUCCCCUAAGUAUAUACAUACAUUUAAAAUUUUUUAAAAAAUUCCUUUUUGGUUAUGAUAUCAAAAUAAUUUCAAUAUUACUUUGAAAUCGCGAUACGUGAAAUUGCAUAAGUGGUAUUGCGGCCGUCUCAUUUAAUUACACUUCGAUUAUGGAUCAUUCAUUGAUUUUAACGAGGAGAUUGGGUCUCGUUAUGCUCCAAGAACAAGCCAGAGAGCUGACGUGACCAUUUCUAAGAUGUGGACAUUUCAACACGCUAUGAUGUCAUUUAUUGUCUCACUUUGAGACGGGGGAAAAAGACUAUUUUUUAACCACGCGCCCUAGGCUUGAAGUCCGGAAUUCCGAACACGUCAUUUAAAAUAAAAGAUUCUUACAUUUUUUAAAAUUUUAUUUUCGUUUUAAAAGUAGCUCUCAUUGCUGGGCGACUAUUUCAUGUGUAAUUAAUUAUUCAAUGUAUAUAAUAUCGGUAUGUGAUGUCUUAAAGCCAAGGAAGUCUUAAAUCUAUAUCUGGAGGAAUGAACAUGUUUUGGAAAUGUAUGUGUCCCCCGUCCUCAAUAGUAUGCACAUUCAUAUGUCCUGUAUUGAUCGUUAUAAAAAUAUGUAUGUUACGUCUAACCGACACAUUUUUAUAAAAGUAUACAUGAAAUAUCUUAAAUAUCAUUUUUUUUAAAGUAUGUAGAGCUAUAGAUGUUAUGAACAACCAUAUGCAACAUAUUAUUUGUUCUUUUCAAAUAUUGGUAGAGGAAAAAAGGGACUCAAUUUUUAAUUAAUUAGACGAU